AUGUGUGGACUUAAAGUUUUGAAUCUAGAAGGGUGCAAAGGUAUAACAGAGUUGCCUAAUUCUGUUUCAGACAUGGUGAAUCUCACUGCUUUUAUUUUGAGGGAUUGUACAUGCCUCCGAUCUGUGCCACCACUGGGAAAGCUCAAGCAAUUGAGGGAUUUGGAUCUAUCAUGGACUGAUAUUGAGGAUUUACCUCAAGGUUGGGAGUCACUGGUCAACCUCGAAAGUCUUAACUUGGAUGAUUGUCAGUCUUUGAAACGAAAGAUAAUACCAAAAGAGACAUUUUCUCAAUUUCACCGUCUUCAACUGCUAUUAUUGCCACCCUAUGUUAGGGUACAAGUUAAUGAUCCAGAAGUUUUGAACCAAUUAGAAAGUUUUACAGGAUGUUUCUCUUUUACGGACUUCUAUAAAUUUACUCGGUGGCCAAAAUACUAUAAUAAUGUUUAUAUCAAUGACAUCUUAACUGAGGAUCCGAGUUAUGAAUUUGAUGAUUAUGGGGACCAGGAGAAACAACUGUAUUUCCAUCAGUGUAAGCUUGGUAGAGGAUCGAACUAUCUGCCGGAUGAUAUGGAACGUAUGAUAAUCGAGGAUUGUGAUGGCAUGGGCAUUAAGUGCUUGUCAGAUGUUUUUAAGAAUUUUAUAAAUUUAAACCACUUAUCUGAAUUGGAAAUUAUAGAUUUGGUUGGAAUAGAGUUCCUCUGGCAAUUGUUCUCUGCUUCUCCACGUGAUCAGCCGGAAAACUCGUCUUUCAGUCCACUCCGUGGUCUCCAAAUGCUACGCCUGACGAGGUUGCCAAAUCUGUUGCUGCAGAACCUUCAAAAUCUUGAAGAAUUAAGAGUUGAAGAUUGUGAAGGACUGGAGGAGAUAGCAGCAGAUGGCAAUGGAGUAGGACAAGGAGGAGGAGAAGGCACCCAAUUGACUUCAAGUGGAGGAGCCAUUACCAUGAUCAGCCUUCCCAAUUUAAGGUGCUUGAGUCUGGAUAUGCUUCCACAACUGAAUAACAUUUGCAAGGCAGCCAUGAUCUGCGAUUCAAUUGAGAAGAUUGAAAUAUUCGGCUGUCCAAAGGUAAAGAGGCUGCCUUUGUUUCUUCCUACCAUCAACGGACUACCAUCUCUUCCCAGCAAACUUAGGAUGAUCACUGGAGAUAAAGAACGGUGGGAAUCGGAACCAUUGCUUCCUACUGGCACCCAUUCUUCCCUUAAAAGGAUGUGUAUUUCUAGAUGUCACAACAUGAAGCAGCUAUUCACAAUGCAGUUGCUGCCGAACCUUCAAAAUCUUCAAGAAUUAGACAUUGAAGAUUGUGAAGGACUGGAGGAGAUAGCAGCAGAUGGCAAUGCAGUAGGACAAGGAGAAGGAGAAGGCACCCAAUUGAAUUCAAGUGGAAGAGCCACUACCAUGAUCAGCCUUCCAAAUUUAAGUUGCUUGAGUCUGGAUAGGCUGCCACAACUGAAUAACAUUUGCAAGGCAGCCAUGAUCUGCGAUUCAAUUGAGGAGAUUAAAAUAUUUGAUUGUCCAAAGGUAAAGAGGCUGCCUUUGUUUCUUCCUACCAUCAACGGACUACCAUCUCUUCCCAGCACUCUUCGUAAAAUCAAGGGAGAUAAAGAAUGGUGGGAAUCGUUAGAGUGGGACUAUCCUAGUGCCAAAAAUGCCCUUGACCCAUUUUUACCGCACAGCCUUGAAGUCCAUUUCUUUGUUGAAGACCACCUGCUUGAUCAAAAUCCUGAGUGUAUUUCUCAGGUUAUAGGUAGCCACAAAAUUGCCACUGCAAGAGGGUGA